GAACAAACUCUGGAUAACGACGCUUUCGUAUACUGCCCACUACUCAAAUAGCCCUUGAAUCGAUUUCUCAAUAUCUUCCAUUAAUUAUCCUCUUGUCUGUUGUCCCAGAGCCAGGGUGCUAGCUGAAGGCCACUGGGAAGACGUAUCUUCGCUACGCCUCGAUCCAAACGCCUUAACAUCCCCUCCACACUUUCGGACCUAUCUCAGAUAUUCCCGCAACUGCAGCAAUGGCUAACCAGCAUACCAAUGAGAUGAGGGCAUUCAAUAUUGAGGCAGAGAUGGCCCUUUCCCUCGAUCACAUGAGCGAAGCAGACCUUCGUUGCUUCGCAGAGUUGCACAAAGAUCCCUCGAGCGAGGAGCAAAUCGAGAGAGAUAUAUAUACCUGCUUCCUCAUCUUCAUGAGAACACGCUCAGCGGAACCGCUUGAACGAGCCAUUCGGCGAACGGAGGGAUGGAUCGCAGUAACGGCUUCAGAUCACCCUGAUCGCGCUCGACGAUCUUACAUUCUCGAUAUAAUAUCGGUCAAGAUGGCCAGCAUUAACAACUCUACUGCCUUGUGGAGGAGGAUGAGCGGCUUAGGAGUCCAUCACGGUACAAAAUUUGAAGCCAGUGGGAGUAUGGUCGACCUUCAGCAUACUGUGAGUUACAAUGAGCUGGCCUUAGCGGUUCCGCCUGCUCGACCUGCCUUAUUGAACAACCUUGGAUGGAUGCUCGGCAAGCGAUUUGAAUUGACAGGGAAAACAAUCGAUCUCAACCGUGCCGUCGAGCUUAGCGGAAAAGCUAUAGAAGUCACACCUCUUGGCCAUCCCGAUCGAGGGAUAUGGUUAAGCAAUUUCGGAUAUUGGCUUCGUACGCAGUUUAUGCAGACUGGGGAGAUAGAGGCUCUCAACCGUGCCAUACAACUCAGUGAAGAAGCAGUGACAGCUGCAUCUCGCAAUAACUCUGAUCUAGCUGGUUGUCUGUUUAGACUUGGAGUUUGGCGUUUUCGGAGAUUUGGGCUGAUUGGAAUGAUGAGCGAUUUUGACCGUGCCAUCUGAUACCCCCCGUUCGUCAAUACGAGCGAUUAAUCAAUCGCCCUCCCGAUUAAUCAAUCGUAGCGCCCGAUUAAUCAAUGGGGGGGGGAUUACGAUUCGGGCUCCACAGUGGGUCCCGAUUAAUCAAUCGGGUAAUAUUAAGAUUUAGGGAAUGGCAAAAGCAGUAUAUAUUAGUAUACUUUACCCAAAUCAAGCUUUAUUAUAC